CGCAAGGUAUGAUGGGUAAACAAGAUGGCAGCCCCCUGAUCUAAGGAAGACUGAGUCGAAAGUCUACUGCCAGUUUCCAUGUCCUACGACGUUACAUCCUCGCUUGCUGACGGCAGAUAAAUGAAUGAAUGAAUGGAUGAAGAAAAUGAUCAUCACUAUUUGGGUUUUCCUACUUACUACACAUUCAACCUGUUUCUUAUAAGGCCAAAGCCUGAGUGUUAGAAGACUGAGGAUUUUACCAAAGGCAUUCAAACUGGCUAGCAAUGGAUUAGAGAUAGGAGUCUAAUUCUACUCUAAAGCUUUGCAGUAAUACAAGGAAUGACUGGAUAUAAUGAUGGCAGGUGGUACAAUCCUGCCUGUCCCUGCAACUCCAGAGACUCAGCAGAGAUGGCAACUGAGGAUCACGUUUCAGCAAGGCUUCCAGCUGUUCAUGUUGAUAAACCUGGUGUUUCUGCUGCUGGUGUUGCUGUGCAGCCUUUUUCUGGAGAGUCAGGUUGAGACGGUACAACAGGAUGACUAUCAAAACAAAGAGUUCACCGUCCAAAUCCCUACCAUCGACAUAGACAGUCUGUACUCAGACCCCAGAUGUGACUUCAACAAAACCCUCAACAUCUCUGUUGAUCCCAAGUCCAAGUUCUGGAAUAGCAGGUCUAUCCCAAGGACUCCUGUACGGGAUUACAAGGUCAUCGUCAUCUGGACGCGGUGGUGGGGUGUUCGGCUGUGGGGGGUCCAGGACCACUACUGCCCCUCCAUGCCUGAAUGUGUUUUCACGGGAGAACGAGAAGAGAUUCGUAACGCCGACGCUGUUGUCUUUCACUACCAUGACACUCCUAAGGUUUACUCCAAACUCGCUAUGCCGCUGACACGGUUUCCUCACCAACAUUGGGUGUGGUUUGCAAUGGAAUGUCCCAUUGUGACACGACUGCGGGAUCUUGUGUCGUACAGUGGCGUAUUCAACUGGACCAUGACGUAUAGAAAUGACUCGGAUGUUUUGACUGCUUACGGCUCUGCUAGUCUCACCUACAAAAUGUUGAGAGGAAUGAAAAUUGACCCUAAUAAGGACUACGCACUGGGGAAAAAGCAUCUAGCAGUGUGGUUUGUCAGCAAUUGUUACAAAUACCUACCUCGUUUUGCGUACGCAAAGGAACUUGUAAAGCACAUUAGUGUGGACGUCUUCGGCCAGUGUGGGGAAGUCAUCUGUUCAAAGAAAGAUUUCGAGUGCUCGAACCACAUCAUUAAACAGUACAAGUUCUACCUGUCGUUCGAAAGUUACAAAUGCCAGGAGUACAUCACAGAGAAAUUCUGGAGGAAUGCUAUUGAGAACAAAGUCGUCCCAGUUGUGUUUGGGGCCCCAAAAACUGAUUACGAAAGAUACGCCCCUCCUGGUUCUUUUAUUCACGUAGACGACUUUGAGUCGCCUAAAGCCUUAGCAGAUUAUCUUAAGAACCUUGACAAAGAUAAGGAGAAGUACAACCAGUACUUCAGAUGGAGAACUCGCCCUCCCAUGGGUGCAGUACCAGAGGAUUAUGGCAGGUGGUGCAAUUUAUGUCGAAAGCUCCAUCAGGUGUGCCCUACAGAGAGAAAGGUGUACACAGACCUGGAUGGUUGGUGGAAGGGGGAGGACAAUGAUGCCUGUGAACCUGUUGUAUUGAAGGAUAAGUCCAAAGACCCCAUGUAUGCAAUAUAUUUUUAACAGAAGCAAUGAUAAUUGUGUUGCAGAUUUGAUCCUUUGUUAGUACAUGUACUGAUAUGGCUAACCCAGACAUGUACAUGUACAAAUGUAUAUAAAAUGUGAUUAGGUUGUUCAUGUAAAA